UCUGCUGGGCUGGCGUAUAGUGAGUGUUACCUGCUGGCUGCCAUGGCUUAUGACCGCUACGUGGCCAUCUGCAACCCCCUGCUUUAUUCCCAGGUGAUGUCCUCAAGGCUAUGUGCCAAUCUUGUAGCAGCUUCAUACCUUGGUGGCUUUCUUAACUCUACCUUCAUUACCAGCAAGACAUUUACCCUGAGCUUCUGUGGGAAUAAUAUCAUUGACGAUUUCUUCUGUGAUCUGCCCCCUCUUGUAAAGUUGGCCUGUGAUGUGAAGGAGAGCUACCAGGCCGUGCUCUAUUUCAUACUUGCCUCCAACGUCAUUACUCCCACCAUUCUUAUUCUUGCCUCCUACCUCUUCAUCGUUGCUGCCAUCUUGAGGAUUCGCAGCACCCAAGGUCGCCUCAAGGCCUUCUCCACUUGUGCCUCUCACCUGACAGCUGUCACCUUGUACUAUGGUUCAAUUCUCUUCAUUUACUCCCGACCAAGUACUAGCUACACCCUGGAAAGGGAUAAAGUGGUGUCUGUGUUCUAUACUGUGGUGAUUCCAAUGUUGAAUCCUUUGAUCUAUAGCUUAAGAAAUAAAGAUAUUAAAGAUGCCCUGAGGAAAAUGGUAGAUAGGGCAAAGUGUUCAUAA